AUGUUUCAACCAGCACCACAACCUCCAACUAUUUUGGGACGAUACCGUAUAUUGUCUCCAACAGCAGCUGUUCGAGUGUCUCCAUUAUGUUUAGGUGCUAUGUCUAUUGGUGAUGCAUGGAAUGAAUUCAUGGGUACAAAUUCUAAAGAAAAUUCAUUCAAAAUUCUUGAUGCUUUUUAUGAAGCUGGUGGAAAUUUUAUUGAUACUGCAAGCAAUUAUCAAAAUGAACAAAGUGAAACAUUGUUAGGAGAAUGGAUGGUAAACCGAAACAAUCGUAGUCAAAUGGUUAUUGCAACAAAAUUUACAACUGGAUAUCGAUCAGAUUGGAAACAAGAACCGAUUCAUGUUAAUUUUGCAGGAAAUUCAACAAAAUGUUUACAUGAAAGUGUUAAUGCUUCUUUAAAAAAAACUUCAAACUGA